AUGGAAAAAACAAAAAUAAGAUAUUUUAAUUUACUAUUUUUAGAAGAAGAUGAAGAAUAUAUGGAUGACAUGUUAAUAACAAUGAAAAAAAAAGAAAAUGGAAAUUUUGUUAAUAAAAGAGGACGAUUAAGGUUAUGUUCGAGAUCUUUAGUAUUUGAACCUUAUAAUAUUGAUGAUGAUGUAUUAAAGUUUCCUUUUAGAAAAUUAGAAAAUAUAAAAUUAAAUGCAUUUAAAAAUGAAUUAAUUGUAAGAACAGUUGAACUUAUAAAAAUAAAAACAAUUAUAUAUAAUAAAAAAACAAGAUGCAUAUCUCAAUUUGCUUAUGAAAGACAAUAUAAAAAAACUGAAAAUAUGAUAAAUGACUAUAAUGAGUACUAUAAUGAAUUUAAAAAUAUUAAUAAUGACAAUAUAGAUGAAAAAAUAAAAGAAUUUGAAAAAAUAUUAAAUAAUUUCGAUGAAUAUAGUGAUGAUACUAAUACAUCUAAUAAUAUGGUAAAGGAUAACAUAAAUUUAAUAUCGGAUAAAGUAGGAGGUAUAAAUAUACAAAAUAAAAAAGUUAAUGAUAAUAAUACAACAAAUAGCUAUAUGUAUAUAUUUACCUGUGAAAACUCUCCUGGUAUGACAAAAAAAUUAAAUCAUAUUUAUGACAUAUUAAUAAAAAUAAAAAUAGCCAUGUUAAUCCAUGAAAAACAAAUGGAAAUAUUAAUAAAAGAGAAAAAAAACAAACAGGCUAAAAACUAUAAUAGUAGUAAUAAUAAUACAUUAAAUAAAAAUAAUAGAAAAGAAAUAAAUUUAGAAAAAUAUAUAGAAGAUAUAAUAGAAAAGUUAACAAUAAAUAUAAAAUUUGAUAUAAGUAGUAUAAAUAUUCAUGAAAAAAUUAUAAGUAAUAAAAUUGAAGGAUAUUGGGUAUUUAAAGUAUCUCCAUUAUUAAAAGUUAAAGGAAUACUAAAUAUCACAAAUAAAUAUAUUUAUUUUCAGCCUAAUCCUAACUUUACGAAUAAAAAAGAAAAAAAGUGGCAGAUUAAAAAUAUAGUCCAUGUUUUUAAAAGAAUUAUAACUAUGAAACCAAAUGCAUUAGAAAUAAUUUUUUAUAAUGAGAAAAAAAAAUAUAAUUCUUUAUAUAUAGAAUUUAUCUCAUUUGAUGAAAGACAAAUGAUUAUAAAUGUAUUAAAAAGAAUAAAACCACAAUGCUUUUUUAUCGAAGAAAAUAAAGAAUUCAUUUAUUUAAUACAAGAAAAAUGGAUUAAUGGAUUUAUAACAAACUAUGAAUAUCUAGAUUUUCUAAAUUGUGUAGCUGGAAGAAGCAGAAAAGAUUUUUCACAAUAUCCUGUUUUUCCAUGGAUAUUAUCAGAUUAUUCAAGUGAGAAAAUAAAUUUAAAUGAUGAAAAUGUUUAUAGAAAUUUAUCAAAACCCAUAGGUUGUUUAAAUGAGAAUAGAUUAAAUUCUUUAAUUGAAAAAAUGCAAGAUCAUGAAUAUUUUUAUGGCUCACAUUAUUCUACAUUAGCUUAUGUUGUCUAUUUUUUAAUUCGCUUAUAUCCAGAAUGCCAAUUAAAAUUACAAAGUGGUAAAUUUGAUACACUCUCAAGAAUGUUUUUAUCAAUUGAAAGCACUUUCAAUACUGCUUUAAAUGCUAAUUCUUCUUUUAUAGAAAUAUUACCUGAAUUCUAUGAAGAUGAUGACAGUUUUUUAAAAAACAAUUUAAAUAUUAAUACUUGUGAAGGAAAUAUAAAUGAUGUAAUUUUACCAAAAUGGUGUAAUAAUUCAAAAAAUUUUUUAAUUAUUAUGAAAAAUGCAUUAGAAAGCAAUUAUGUAAAUCAACAUUUAAAUGAAUGGAUAGAUUUAAUAUUUGGUUAUAAACAAAAUGGCAAAAUUGCAAAAGAAAAUUUUAAUUUAUUUCAUCCAUUAACCUAUAUGCAUGCCAUUUUAAAUGAAAAAAUAUCAAGUGAAUAUAACAUAGAUAAUGAGAAAAAGAAAACGGGAGAAGAUACUCAGUUUGAUAAAAAUUUUAAUCAUAAAAUUAAAUCCUUAAUUAUAUCUAUGUCACCAAAAGCAUUAAAAACACAAUUACAUGAAUUUGGGCAAUGUCCUUUUCAAAUUUUUAAAGAACGCCAUCCACCAAAAAAAAAAAUUAAAAAAUUUUAUUAUGAUGAAAAAAUAAAAAAUUUUCCAUGGUAUUAUUCAAGUAUUAUUAAUGAAAUGUUAAAAGAAGAAUAUUUAAAAAAAAAUGAAAAAAAAAAAAAAAAAUCAAACAAAAAUAGUAAAAACAUCCUGAACAAUCAAGACAAGGAUGAAUAUAGCGAUGAAAAUAUUAGUGAAAAUUUUGAUGAUGAAUUUACAUUAAAUAAUGAAAAUAAUAAAAAAAAAAAGGAUUUUCUUACAAGAAAAAUAUCACAUAUGAAUGAUGAUAAUAAUUAUAUAAAAAAUAUAAAUAAAAGAGAGAAGGAAAAAUAUUAUGAUUAUUUUAAAAGAUAUAAUUGGGAAUUGCACAAAUCAGAUAAUAUACCUUGUAAUAUAAAAGGUGUUAGUAAUAAUCAAAAUAAUAUAUGUUUUGCUUGCAAAAAUGGAUAUAUAAAAUUAAUAACAUUUUUUGAUAUAUUAAAUUACGAAAUUAAAGACAAUAAAAAUUUAAUAUCAUUAAAACUUAGUAACGAAAAUUUCUCUUGUGUAACAGAUUUUCUUCACAAUUAUAUUCUCGGAACUAUCAAUGGAAAUAUUGUUUUUUUAAAUCCUCAAAGCAUUUUAAAAACAAAAAAAUGCAUAAAAAAGGAUGAUAAAAACACUGAUGAUAAAAUACAUAAAAAUAAAAUAAAAAAUGAAAAUAAAAACAAAACAAAUAAGGAUGCUUCUAUUUUUUCAGACUAUUCCAACAUUUCCCUUGAUGAUUCUAGUAAUUCUUUGUUUUCUUCUUUUGACGAAAUAUUUGAAUAUGAUUCUUUAUAUGAAAGAUCAAAAAAUAAAAGAAAAGAAUUCAUAUAUAAUGAUAAUAUAUAUAAUAAAUUAAUUAUUAAAAAAAUUCAUAAUGACACUAUUAACUGUAUGAAUUCCAAUGAUAAUUAUCUAGUUACAGGUUCAUCUGAUGAAACAUUGCAACUAAUAAAUAUAGAAAACAAUUUUGAAAUUAUACAAACUUAUGAUAACUUCAGUUAUCCUGUUAAGUAUGUUCAAUUAAAAGGUAAGUUGCUGUUUACAAGAUCAGACAACUUUAAAUUAUUUGAUAUCAGAACACCUAAGAAAAAAAUUCAUUUAAAUAACUUAAAUAAUAAUAAAAUCUUUUUAAACAUUUCAUCAAAUGAAUCAGUUCCCUUAAUUAAUAAUGAACAGUCACACUUGUUUUGCAAUUCUAUUAAAGAAAAAGUGUAUGAUGAAAACUACAUACAUAUAAACUAUAUUAAUCCGCAGUAUUUAUUCGAAAAAAGAAUAAAAAAAAAUAUUAAUUCUGUUUUUACGAAAAAUUUUGAUAACAUAAUUUAUUCUUCUAUAGUUAAUGAUUAUAUUAUUUUGUGUGUUGAUAAAAAAAACAAUUUUUACUUUUAUGAUAUAAAAAGUGAAAAUUGGCAUAACAUAAUAUCUAAAAAUUUAAAUCAAACAAAAAAAAAAGAAAUUAUUUCUGCCUCAUCUAAUAAACAGCAAUUAUGUUCUAUAAAUAAAAGUGGUGAAAUUUUUUUAGAACACAUUAGUUUUUGUAAUAAUUGCGAUAAUAAUAAUACCUCAAAAACAAACUUUUUCAAUACAAAUUCUUCCAUUAUACCGUCAUAUAUUUCUUUCUUAAAUUAUUAUGAUUUAGAAGAAAUGGAAAAUUAUGAUUUGUGUAACUAUAUUUUAUUAACAGGAAUAAACGGAAAUAUAGAAAUUUUUAAAAAAAUUCAGUGUGAUUGA